AUGUUCAAGCUCGCUUUGGCAACUUUGGUGGCGGUGUUUGGAAUGAUUUCCACGCAGCCACCGCCACCGGAUGCGUCCUGCUUCCAACGGGGUGCGGUAACGGCCGAGGACUGUUGUCAGAUACCGAAGAUGGUCGAUACGGCCGUGAUGGAUAAGUGUCGGGCGGACAAUCCCCGGUCCGAGCAGAUGCCUGCGCCGGGCGUCCCGAAGACGGAGGGUUGUUGCGUUAUGCAAUGCAUCCUGACGGAGACGGGUGGAUUCGCGAACAACGCUCUCAACACGGACGCGAUCAAACGGACGCUGGCCUCCACGAUUGGGGCCGAUGCCAACUUCGCUUCGGCUGUCAACGGUGCGGUCGAUAACUGUGCCCGUCAGAUCCAGAGCGAUCCGGCGUACAAUGUGGCACCGAUUUCGGCGUCCCCUGAUCGGGCCGGCUGCAGCUUCAUUCCGCAGGGUUUCCUCAACUGUCUGCACACGACGCUGUUCAAGAAUUGCCCGGCGGCGGUCUGGACCGAAAGCAGCGACUGUCAGGCGCUGAAGCAGAAGCUCGAUGGUGGAUGUCCCUACUUCUCGCAGCUUGGACGUGGACCAAAAAACUGAACGUAGGCCCACCACGCUGACGUACUCUG